AUGGGAAGAACUGGAUUAUUUGAUCUUGAAAAGCAUUUCGCUUUCUAUGGAGCUUAUCAUAGCAAUCCAAUUAACAUAGCGAUUCAUGUGUUAUUCGUUUGGCCAAUUUUCUUCUCAGCCCUUGUUUUUCUCUACUUCUCCCCUCCCUUUUUUAAUCUGCCAAAUUUUGAAUUUUUAUUAUUUGGGAACAAUUUUGUAUUAGUUUGGAAUUUAGGGUUCUUGUUUACUUUAGUUUACUCAGUUUUUUAUGCUAGUUUGGAUCUGAAAGCGGGUUCUUUGGCUGCUUUGCUUUGUGUUGUUUGUUGGGUUGGGAGCUGUUUUGUUGCUAAUCAACUUGGAUGGCAUCUAGCUUGGAAGGUUGUUCUGGUUGUUCAGCUGGUAUGUUGGAUAGGACAGUUCAUCGGUCAUGGAGUAUUUGAGAAACGGGCACCCGCUCUUUUGGAUAACCUCACCCAGGCUUUAAUAAUGGCUCCUUUCUUUGUAUUGCUCGAGAUUCUCCAGACUGUAUUUGGUUAUGAACCAUAUCCAGGAUUUCAUUCAACUGUGCAAGCAAAAGUUGAAGCUAACAUUGAGGAAUGGCAAGAAAGAAAGCAGAGACUAAUUUCAUAG